AUGAGAUCGGACCUGACAGACGAUAGGAACAUCCUGCAAAUAGCAGCAGCCGAAAUUGCCGAAUCAUCUGACACGAGUGGAUUCUUCGAAAUCAACAGCAAUGGAUCUAAUGGACAAAACGGACACCGAUCCGAUGACCUGCUACAGCUUCCGGAGGAAUACCUGACUGGUGGAAACGCACGGGCCACUUCCAGACCGAAACGAACGGCGAGGCGCCUUCAAACGCAGGAGUGCACCCUAGAUCCGGAUAUGACCGACUCGAGUUCACAGAGUGACGACACUAGUUGCGGAAGUAGCCGCAAUGGAAGCCGCACAGGAAGCAGCCAUGGGGGUCGUCACGUUUCUUCCCAUUCCGGCCAUCAUCUGCAAACCAGCACGGCAGCCGCACGACGCCGAAAAGGCGUCCUCAAUGCCAAGGAACGAAAUCUGCGACGGCUCGAGUCCAACGAGCGGGAACGGAUGAGAAUGCACAGCCUCAAUGACGCAUUUCAGUCAUUAAGAGAAGUCAUCCCGCACGUCAAGAAAGAACGUCGUCUGUCCAAGAUAGAAACGCUAACCCUGGCCAAGAACUACAUUACCGCCCUGACCGAUGUCAUCAUCGUCAUGCGAGGCGAAGGGGAAACCUCUGCCAACGGUGCUGCGGGUACAUCAACGAUGGUCUCGGUGACAACCAACGCUCUGCAGAACAAUUGCAUCCUCAAGACGGACUCCGAUCUUCGACACUCGCUGCAGCACCAUCACGCCGAUCAAAUUUCGUCCAAUAUAUCGAUACUUGACGGACUGAACAACGGCAUCAGCCAGCAUCAACUUCUCACCCAACACAACCACAGGGCUAGUGAU